AUGAACUAUCCGCAGCGCAUGCAGCAGCCGUUUCCAGCAGACAAUGCCGUUCCAGACAAUAUGCUUAGAUGGAACGGCGACAGUGCCGACUUUGUCGAUGGAUCUGCGCAUGCUGCUAGUCCGUACGGCUUGAUGCCCACGCAGCCUCAGUACACCCAGGUCCCCGCGCCGUCCAACACCCUUACGCGACGCGAUUUGAACCAGGCGCUGAUUCCGACGCAUACUCGAAACUUUGACGGUUCCGUGGAGCCGUGGGCCGGCUUUGGCGACGGUAACAACCUUUUGCCGCAGAACGAUGAGGAGGGCUUGAUUGAGCAGGACAACGUCGAGGCCUUGGAGGAGAUGGCGCAGAAGGCUAAGCGGGAGGCUCAGGGCAAGCGGAAAGGGAUCCCGCCGUUUGUGCAAAAGCUCAGCAGCUUUUUGGAGGAACGAAAAAACGAAGAUCUCAUUCGCUGGUCGGAAAAGGGAGACUCGUUUAUUGUUCUUGACGAGGACGAGUUUGCCAAAACCCUGAUUCCAGAGCUGUUCAAGCACAACAACUACGCCUCCUUUGUUCGGCAACUCAACAUGUAUGGCUUCCACAAACGUGUUGGCCUGUCGGACAACUCGAUGCGAGCGAGCGAGCGCAAAAAUAAGAGCCCCAGCGAGUACCACAAUCCAUUCUUCCGCCGUGGCCACCCCAACCUACUGUGGCUCAUCAACAAACCCAAGAGCAGGGCCACGUCCAAGAAGUCGUCCAAUAAGAACGAGACCGGCGAGGUGGACAGUGACGAGGAUCAGAUUCAGGAUGAGGUGACUGCGCAGAACACCGCAGCCGGGUCCAACGUCCCUACGGGUCGGUCGCUGCCGCCGGCCUCUACAUCAUCAUCAACAACAACAGAGCCGCAGACCCUGCCCAAGAAAGAAAUGACCUUGAUCCGAGAGGAGCUGAACAAGGUCCGAGAACAGCAGAAAUUGAUUCACAAAGCAAUCAAUCGGCUGCAACACAACAACAACGAUUUGUACAACCAAGCACUCAUGUUCCAGUCGCAACACGACCGGCACCAAAGUUCCAUCAAUGCCAUCCUCAACUUCUUAGCCAAUGUCUUUAGGAAGACUCUGGAGGACCAAGGCAACACGCAGAGUGUCGGCGACAUCCUUUCAAGCAUGAUCACCAACCAGGGUCAGCCAUCCCACCAAUGCAACGUGGUCGACCUGGGCGACUUUUUCCAAACAGAAAUGGAUCCUGCCUCCAAUAUGGGCGGUGCUCAAAAGCGAACCCGCGGCCUGCUGCCGCCCAUUCCCGACCACCAAGCGGAUGCCCCAGCGGCGACUCGGUCAGCAUCGACAAUUUCAACACCAUGCUAUCCCGUUGGCAACCACAACCCCGAAAUGGGCCACGUCACCGAGUUGCUCGACAGCUCAGACACGCCUCCAAGUCUCCGGCAGGAACUAGAGUCCAACCCGCACGAACGGAUGAUGAAGAUCAUCAACGACCACAAUGCCACGAAUAAGUCCGGCAUGGACCUCCCCGAAGCCACGGAGCUCGUCACCAACGCCCCCAACACUCUGAAUAAGGACCAGAGAAGCAAGUUUGUCGACUUCAUGGCCGGACAAACUACGUCACCCCCGUCACAACCACCCUCCGCAUCCACAACCGCAAAACCCACGCCCGUCCCUCCACCCUCCGCCAGAGCCAGCGUCUCCCCAUCACCAACCCCAGCAGACUCCGCCCUCCCCUCUCUAUCCCCCAUCAUGCGCUCACCACAAAUGGUACCCCCGUCUUUGAAUCAAAUCAGCACCAAUCAAAUCGACCUCGACCAGCUCCAACGCCUGCAAUCCGACCAGGACGUUAAAAUCCACGAACUCAGUGAAUUGCUCGGUCCGCUAAGUCCGUCGGGCCGUAUACCGGGCUUAGAAGACGGCACCGAGGGGUACUUUGAUCAGCCGAAUGUCGACCUGGAUCAAUUCUUUGACAGCAACGCGUUUUUGAACGAUGCUAGUUUCGGCGACGGCAACGAUUUCAACUUCAACCUUGACGGGGCAGCGGAUGAUGUUAAGAACGGGGAACCCAGUCCCACUGACACCGAGGAGAUUCAGAGAGACGAUUUUGAUAUCACGAAAGAGGACGGAAUCAAGAGGCGAAGGGUAGCUUAG